AGAGAGGAGGUCGCUGUAGUAGCUGCUUUAAAAAAAAAAAAGUUACACCAAACUAGCAAGUGAUCCCUGCUCAGAGCCUGACCGACUACACACUCGGAGGAAACUACUUGAUGGUGUAAAAACGAUCAAUCCUGGGAAAGAAAGGACAACAUUUAAAAAAAGAAGAAGAAGAAAAAAAAAGGAGGCUCCUCUGCUGACUUCUUGCAUGGUCGCUAGCCUUGAGCUAACAGGUUAGCUUCGGGGAGCUAACGAAGCUAACGAGGCUAAACGAGGUCCAACCCCGAAAAGGAAAAAAAAGUUGUUUACCUCAAGUUGUGGAUGUGGUCAGAGCUGCCUAUUUCGCGACUUUUUUCUCUUCUUUUUUUUGGGAUAAGAGAGCAAAGGACCAAAACUUCACCCUGGAUUUAACACUGUAUGUGCUGUUAGGAAACUAGCAGGAUGUCCACCGAGGUCGAGAGCACUCAGUUUGGUUUGACAGCAGCAGCAAACAAGGAGGACAGCAGCAAUCAAAACAACAAGUCCGAGAAGAAACCUAACACCAACACCAGUAUAAAACAAGAAGAAACAGCUGUGCAAAAAAGCUCGGACAAACAUCUGGCGGACACUAACACCUCAGAGGUAGCGGACACACACAACAACAAGAAAUGCAAAGAAAACGACAAAGAAAACGAGCAGAGUAGCAACGCUGCAGACUCUGCUACUGCUGCUUCUGCUGCUGAGACGGUAAAGAGGAAAGUUGUGGAGGCUCCUCCACCUAAAGUCAACCCUUGGACGAAGAGGACAACAGGCAGAGUACCGAGCAACAACAUCAGCAACAACCAGGAGAAAGAUCAACAAAAUGCUCUGAAAGUCGUCCGAGCCAGCAAGCCGAGGACGAGAAAAUCCAGCAAGUCAAGUGAUUUCAGUGACAUCACAAACUGGCCGACACCUGGUGAACUGGCCAAAGAGCAACAACAAAAUGUCCUCAACAACAACGGAAAGAAGCCUCCUCCUCCCUCUUCUUCCUCCUCCACCUCAACCUCCACCACCACCACCUCCUCCUCCUCCUCCUCCGCACGCCGAGACAAGGAGAAGCGGAGGGAGCGACCGGACAGGAAGUCGGAGAGCAGCCACGACGGCGGUGGCGGCGGCGGCAACAGCGGCAGCGAGAGCAAAGAGAACCAGGAGGCUCAGCCCGACCCGCUGGGAGAGCUGCCCAAAGACGGAGAGUCCAAGGCGGGACAGGACGCCAAGAACGCCGGCCUGAAGAAGAGAGGAGGUGAGGGUAACAAACGUAAGUGGGUUUCUCUGCCGCUGGAGGAAGUGUCCCGGGACGACGGCGGCGCCAAGACGCCCGGCGGCGGCGGCGGCCCGACACGCUCGGACACAGACCCCAACAACAGCGACUCGCCUGACCCCACGUCGCCCAAUCACACGCUCCAUAAUAGCAGAGCGCAUGAUAGCAACAGGAGUUGGAGGAGUCAACAGCGCGACUUCUGGGACGACACUUCCAGCGUGCGGAGCGACAGCGGCAGCGUCCGCGGAGGAGUCCGAGGCCGAGGGAAGGGCCGCGGCCGCGGGAGAGGACGCGGACGAGGCCGUUAUGAGUUUUCUCAGAAUUACCGUGACUCUCAGUCGACCGACGGCACCAACUCCUCCACGGACUUCGGCAACGGCAUGGUUUACUACUACGACGACGGCAGCAAAGUCCAGAUGUACACCGUGGACGAAAAGCUUCUUAAGGAAUACAUCAAACGCCAAAUUGAAUACUACUUCAGCCUCCACAACCUGGAGCGAGACUUCUUCCUGAGGAGAAAGAUGGACGUGCAGGGCUUCCUCCCCAUCUCCCUCAUCGCCAGCUUCCACAGAGUCCAGGCGCUCACCACCGACAUCAGCCUCAUCAUGGAGGCUAUGAAGAACAGCACGGAGGUGGAGCUGAUCGAUGACAAAGUUCGCUGUAAAACCGACCCGGAGCGUUGGCCCAUCGCCGUGCCGACCGUCGUCGGUUCCCCUCGCACCGACUUCUCUCAGCUCAUCAACUGUCCCGAGUUCGUUCCUCGACAGACGAUCAAAGACGAUCAACCUGCAAAGACCGACUCAUCGAAGGAGACUCCUGCCGAGUCCGAGCAGCCUCAGGACUCGGCCGAGCCCGACUCCUCCUCCUCCGGCCAGGGGUCGCUCCCCGCCGACGCAGACGCCUCCAAAGAUGCCCCCGCCCCCGACGCCUGGAUCCAGGUGGAGAAACGCCACAGACAGCCCUCCGGGAAGGCGAAGGAGCGCAGCGAGGAUCCUCCAGCGGGCCGCCGACCUCAGCAGGCCGAGCCCGACCAAGAGGAGCUGGACUUCAUGUUUGACGAGGAGAUGGUGCAGAUGGCGCCCAGGAAGAACAAAUUCACCGACUGGUCAGACGACGACGAUUCGGACUACGAGAUGGACGACCAGGACGUCAACAAGAUCCUCAUCGUCACCCAGACACCGCCGUACGUCCGUAAGCAUCCCGGCGGCGACCGCACGGGAAACCACGAGUCCCGAGCCAAGCUCACCACCGACCUGGCCAAAGCUAUCAACGACGGGCUGUACUACUACGAGCAGGACCUGUGGAAGGGAGAGGAGCAGCCUGAGUUCACCAAGCAGGAAGUGGAGAACUUCAAGAAGCUGAACAUCAUCAGUAAAGAUGAGUUUGACACUCUCACCCCCAAAGUGCCUGUUGAGCCAAACCUGGAAAUCCCGUCUCCUCCAAAGCCAGCGGACAGCGGUGCAGAAAUGGCUCGUUCUCUGCCCACAACGGUCCCAGAGUCGCCCAGCGAUCACCAACCCCGAACACCAAGAACGCCAAAAACCCCCGGACGCCAAGACCCGACCAAGACGCCUCGAUUCUACCCCGUCAUGAAGGAGAGCGCCCCCAUCGAUGGACAGACGCCGAGGAAGAAGAAGACUCGCCACAGUUCGAAUCCCCCGCAGGAGGCUCACAUCGGCUGGGUGAUGGACUCACGCGAACACCGACCGCGCUCCUCGUCCAUCAGCAGCUCCAACGCCUCCCCAUCAGAAGGAGCCCCGUUGACAGGAAGUUACGGCUGCACCCCGCAGUCGCUGCCCAAAUUCUGGCAUCCAUCCCACGAGCUGCUGAAGGACAACGGCUUCACUCAGCAGGGGUACCACAAGUACCGCCGACGGUGCCUUAACGAGAGGAAACGGUUGGGCAUCGGCCAGUCUCAGGAGAUGAACACUCUGUUCAGGUUCUGGUCUUUCUUCCUGAGAGACAACUUCAACAGGAAGCUGUACGAGGAGUUCAGACAGUGCGCCGUGGACGAUGCCAAAGAUAACUACAGGUACGGGCUGGAGUGUCUCUUCAGAUAUUACAGCUACGGUUUGGAGAAGAGAUUCAGGUUAGAUCUGUUCAAGGACUUCCAAGAGGAGACCCUCAAGGACUUUGAGAAAGGUCAGCUGUACGGUCUGGAGAAGUUCUGGGCCUUCCUGAAAUAUUCAAAGAUGAAGAACCAACCCAUCGACCCGAAGCUGCAGGAGCAUCUCUCCAAGUUCAAGAACCUGGAGGACUUCAGGGUGGAGCCUCCGAUGGGAGAAGAGGGAGGCAGGAGGAGACGCCACUCAUCCUCGGCCGGGGAUGAAGGGAGACGUCGGCGACAUCCUUCCAACACUACCUCAAAGCCCACACAGGCCGCCAAAUCCUCCUCCAGUAGCACCGCCGCUGCUUCCGCCGCCGCUGCCACCUCCACCUCUACGCAGAACACGGCCAAAGACGGCGCCCAGAAAACCACCACCGCAGCACCCGCCGCCACCCAGGGGAAGAAGUCAGAGCCGGCGGCGGCGAAGAAGGAAAGCGCUGCUGCACCAAAUAAAUGAAGCUCCCUCUCGUCUGAGGGGGUUUGGAUAGAAGAGAUGUAGAGCGAAGAGGAGGAGGAGGAGGAGGCGACGCUCUUGAGCUCGGCGUUCGCUCUUUUCAGCGGCAAACUUUUUGUUUUUUUUGGAGGGGGUAUGAAGAGAGACUGAACGUUGGUUGCCUUAAUUUGAUUGUUGUUAUCAGUGCAUUUCAUUUUAAAAGCAAAGCAAAAGUAAAAGCAUAGGCAGUGAGCUUGAAUCUGUGCGCCUGAAAGCUCGUUUAACGUUUACACACAUAUAUAUAAAAAAAAAAAAAAAGACGACACAAAAAAAAUGCAUUCCCUUGCAUUUUGCCUUUUUAUUUUUCUCGGAUGCCAAAAAACAAACAAACAACAACAUCAACACAAAACUCUUUUUCGACACACGCGAUGCGUUGAUCUCCACAAUCUGUAAAGCAGCUCUCGUCUGUAAAAGAGUGUUUUGAACUGUGAUUGUUAGCUUGCCAACAUAAAGAAGAUAAGAGAGAUCCUACGAGACAGUCUGCGUGCCUUAAUCUGACUCACCAGGACGACAGGAUCACCGACAAAAAAAAAAGAAAAAAAAAAGUCUAAAUUUUGUAUUUUUUAACGUCUUCCCACUUGAUUAAUUUGGGGGGUUUUGAAUGUGUUUUAAACUGAGAUCACUCACAGGUUGUUUUUUUUCUUCCUUUUCUUCUUCUUCUUCUUACUUUUUCUCGUCGUUACCUUUUUCUCGACACAAACAGCUUCCGUUUCUUUUUCAUCGUGACAAUCAGCUGCAGUCGUAAAAAAAAAAAAAAAAAAAAAUU